CAAAAUCACUAAGUGUCAAAUGUAACUCAACUCCGACUCUUCCAAUGGCGACCAUAGCUAGUCUGCUGGCUUCAACCCGAAACCCAUUCCCCUGCUUCCGCCAACCACUGUAUCCAGGAAGCCGCUCCCUCGUAUUCCGCCGCUACCUAGAGCCCUGCGGAAGACGAACUCCUACCGUUCCUAGAUUCAUUCGAGCUUGCCAACCUUCAGAAAAGGUAGGUGGUGAUGGAGGAGGGGUCUCAGCUUCUGCUAAAAGUUACCAUUUUGGGAAUGAGUUGCUGAGUUUUGCUUCAGAUAAUUUCUUGCCUCUAGCUCUUGUUACUGGUGUGGGAAUGGGUUUUGCAAACCCAUCUCUUGGCUGUCUUGCAGACAAAUACUCUCUUUCAAAGUUCAGCACAUGUGGGAUCUUUAUUAUCUCAGGGUUGACUUUACGUACUGAAGCAAUUGGUGCUGCUGUGAAAGGAUGGCCUCUUGGUAUCUUCGGUCUAGCCUCUAUUUUGUUGCUCACUCCAUCCUUCUCAAGGCUAGUUAUGCUAUUCCAACUCCAACCUCAGGAGCUUGUUACAGGGCUAGGUAUAUUUUGCUGUAUGCCAACCACCUUAUCAAGUGGUGUUGCCCUCACUCACCUUGCUGGGGGAAACUCUGCUCUUGCUCUGGCGGUCACUGUGGCAUCCAACUUGUUAGGCAUUUUAACUAUUCCGUUUUGGGUAUCAAGAUACAUAGCCGGAGGAGUAGGGGUCUCGUUUCCCACUGACCAACUAUUCAGAAGUCUUAUAGUUACUCUGUUAAUCCCUUUGAUCAUUGGCAAGGUUAUUCGGGAAACAUUCAAAGGUUUCGCAAACUUUGUUGACAACAACCGUAAACUGUUUUCGAGAAUGAACGCAAUCUGCCUCAGUUUGGUGCCAUGGGUCCAAGUUAGCAGGUCAAGAUCACUGCUAUUAUCCGUUGAGCCUAAGGUUUUUCUUGCCGCCAUUGGCAUUGGAAUAUUGCUUCAUCUCUCUUUACUAGCAUUCAAUGCUCUUUCAAUCCGGAUCCUCUCAGGUCUUUCAGGUGAUUAUAAUAGUAAGAACUCCAAAGGAAAUGGCACAGCAGUUUUGCUCGUUGCAAGCCAGAAAACAUUACCGGUAAUGGUGGCGGUGGUGGAGCAGUUGCGUGGCGCAUUUGGUGAACCAGGGCUUUUGGUUCUUCCUUGCGUAGCUGCACACUUAAACCAGAUCAUGAUUGAUUCAAUUCUUGUCAACGUAUGGCUCCGGAAGAGUAAUGCAUCUUCCACUGAUGUAAAGACAGCUUAAGAAAGGGUGAGAUAGAAGGUAUGAAACCAAUGUUGUGUUGAAGAUCAUGGAAGAGUUUUGUUUCAGACUGAGUCCUAUUGUUUGCAGAUUCAUUUGUAUAAAUUUUCUGAAACGUUGUAAAAAAUAGUGUAUUGACUAAUCAAAACCGUUGGUGAUUAAAAUGUUAA